AUGCCGGCACCUCCGCCAUCCCGCCUCCAUCAUCCCGGCACCUCCCAUCCCGACACCUCCGCGAUCCCGGCGCCUCCGCCAUCCCACCGCAGCCCCGGCGCCACCGCAGCCCCGGCACCGGCUCGGGCUCGUUCCCCGGGGAGCCGGCAGCACCGGGCGUUUGCCGCGGCCCAGGCGCCAUUUGCAGAAGCUCCGAACCCCGGAAAGUCACCGGGCCCGGCACCACCGGGCCCAGCACCGGGACCCACCGACAUCACCGACACCACAGCGCUCGGCCCUCCCGGCGCCCUGGGACCCCGGAGUGACCGACAUCACCGGCGCCCCCAGACCCACGGCAUCCCUAGCACCGCCAGACCCAGGGCAUCACCAGCACCCCCAGACCCUCGGCAUCAGCGGCACCCUCAGACCCACGGACAUCAUCGGCACCCCCAGACCCUCGGCAUCACCGGCACCCCCAGACCCACGGGCAUCAGCGGCACCCCCAGACCCACGGGCAUCACCGGCGCCCCCAGACCCAUCGGGCAUCACCGGCACCCCCAGACUCACGGGCAUCACCGGCACCCCCAGACCCACGGGCAUCACCGGCACCCCAGACUCACCGGCAUCACCGGCACCCCCAGACCCACGGGCAUCACCGGGACCCCCGGCAGUGGGGUGGGCGUGGGGAAGAGCUGGGGGGCGGGCGUAGGGGGCAAACCCCUCCGCCCCAGGCCUGGCGCCGCCUCCCCGCACCGCAGGGGGAUCGCAGGGACCCCCGCGCCCCCAGACUCGGGUCUGAGCACCCAAACACCCCUCGAGCCCCCAGCACAGCCCUCCCGCACCACCCUCCACGCCGCAGCCCCCCCUCCGCGCCCAGCCCUGCGGCAGCCCCGCAGCAUCCUCCAAUCCCCCUCACCCCCGCCGCUCCCGACCCCACGGGGGAGUGGGCGAGAGGGGUCCCACGCGCGGGGACUCACCGAGCGCCACGAUCUCCGCCAAGACGCGCCGGGGGGGCAUGACCGGGGGGGAGAACGGCGCCGGCACCGGGAGGGCUCCGGAGGGGAUGCGGCACCGGCGGGGAGCACCGGCACCGGUAGCGCGGGGGCUCCGGGGGAAAAUGACCCCGGGGGCUCCGCCCGCACCGGCACCGGCUCCGGCUCUGGCUCUGGCUUCGCGGCAGGGGCGGGGCGGGGGGCGGGCAGCGGGGGGCGCCUUAUGGCAGCGCCCCACCCUCCACAGCCGCGCACCCCGCGGGGGAGGCACCCCCGGCACCCGGCGCGGGAAGGAUUAACGCCGACCAGCGCUCCCAGGAAGUCCCGCAGCCGCUCGGCACCGCCCGCCCCGCUGGGCGCUCAAUUGUGGGCCCAGAACCGGCCCAGCUCCUGCCCAGCACCGGCCCAGAACCGGCCCAGCACCGGCCCAGAACCGGCCCAGCACCGGCCCAGCACCGGCUCAGCACCGGCCCAGCACCGGCUCAACACCGGCCCAGCACCGGCCCAGCACUGGCACAACGCGGCCGCAUCCCCGGCACAGCGCUGGCCCAUCAGCGGCACGUCUGACGGCGGCCGGCUGCCGCAUUCAGAGCCCAGGGGAGCGCGGGGGGCCUCGGGGGCUACAGAGAGCCCCGGAGCCCCCUGCCACAUCCAGCUGCUGGCGUGGCACAGCCCCCCGACCCCCAGCCUCAUCGGGGCCAUCGCGUGCCGAACUGACCCCGACAACCCCAGCACCACCGCACCCACCCCGCGGGGUCAGAGACCCCCCAGCACCCCGGAGCGGGGAGGCGUGAGGACCCCCGGGAUCCGACACCGGGGCAGCGCCGAGGUCGGGAUCCUGUCCCGGUCCCUCUGUCCCCUCCGUGGUACCUGCCGUGAGGGGGACAAGGCUCAGACCCCCGCCCGCUCCCGCUGCGGCCGUACCGGGGCUGCCGCUCGCUCCGUCCGUCCGGAUCCGGUGCUGGCGCAGCCGCUCCUUCCGCGGUCAUGUGCCGGUGCCGGCACGGGCGCAGGGAGCGAAUCCCCCGGCCAGAGCCGGACAAAGGGCCUUUUUCAGCCGCGCUGGGCCCCGCGGGCCCCUCGGCGUCAGGGGACAAAGGUCCGGCACGCUUGGCACCGGCAGCGCCGGGCACUCCCCGCCCGGGGCACCCGCGGGGCGCGGGGCACCGGACUCUGCAGAGGGGGUGGGCGUGCGGCCAGGACCCCUCUCGCACCCCCGACCCUCCGGGCUCUCACCUCCACCCGCCGGCGCUCCGCGGGGAGCGGGGCUGGCGCCACGUGCGUGGGGCUGGCACGGCUGGCACGGUGCCCGCCGGGAUCCCAGCGCUGGCACACGUCAGCGGGGCUGGCACACGCCGGCGCGGUGCCACCGCACCCUGCCCGGGAGCUGCCCGUGCCCGCGAGGCCGGGGCCGCUGGUGCCACCCUUGUGCCCACUUCCUUGUGCCGCUGGUGUCACCCUUGUGCCCACCCCGUGUGGGGUCCCCAAAGGGGCGCGGGGGUCACCGAGACCCCCAGCCCUGCCCUUACGCACCCGGGGCAUCUCAGCGGGCAACAGGGCACACUGCGCACCCCGCCUCACCCUGCUGCUGUCUGCUGGAGGGUCUCACCCGGUGGGCAGCAGUGCUGGCAGCACUGCCCACGGCGGGGGCUCUGCCCACAUCCACAGGGUGGGCACCGGGGUCCCCCCAGCACAGCUUGGGGUGCAGGGGGACAGAGGAACAGGCAGGGAGCAGGGAGAGAGCGGGUGA